UAGCAUUUCUUAUCAGAAACCACCUCAAUCUCUUCUUCUUCAUUAUUAUUAUUAUGGCUAGAAGUGAACAAGAUCUCUUGUCAACUGAAAUUGUCAACCGUGGGAUUGAAUCUUCCGGGCCCAAUGCCGGCUCUCUUACAUUCUCUGUGAGGGUCCGCAGACGCCUUCCCGAUUUUCUCCAAUCGGUGAACUUGAAAUAUGUGAAGUUGGGUUACCAUUAUCUCAUCAAUCACGCCAUCUAUUUGGCCACCAUACCUGUUUUGUUACUUGUUUUUGGUGCUGAGGUGGGGAGUCUCAGUCGGGAAGAACUCUGGAAAAAGCUGUGGGAUGAUGCACGCUAUGAUCUUGCCACUGUGCUUGGCUUUUUUGGUGUGUUUGUGCUUACCCUUUCGGUUUACUUCAUGUCUCGGCCUCGCUCUGUUUAUCUCAUCGAUUUCGCUUGUUAUCGUCCUCCCGGUGAACUAAAGGUGACGAAGGAGCAGUUCAUCGAAAAAGCAAGAAAAUCAGGCAAGUUUGAUGAGGCAAGCGUAGAAUUCCAAAGAAGAAUAAUACAAUCAUCAGGUAUUGGCGAUGAAACAUACAUCCCCAAAGCUGUGAUGACUGAUGAAAAUUGUGUUACGAUGAAACAAGGUCGCUUAGAGGCCUCAAUGGUAAUGUUUGGAGCUCUAGAUGAGCUCUUCGAGAAGACUAGAGUUCGUCCGAAAGACGUCGGGAUCCUGGUGGUGAACUGCAGCAUCUUCAACCCUACACCGUCGCUCUCCGCCAUGUUAAUCAACCACUACAAAAUGAGAGGCAACAUCUUGAGUUACAAUCUGGGUGGGAUGGGCUGCAGCGCCGGGAUCAUAGCAGUGGACUUGGCCCGUGACAUGUUGCAAGCUAACCCAAACAAUUAUGCCGUUGUGGUGAGCACUGAGAUGGUGGCCUACAAUUGGUACCCCGGCAAGGACCGGUCCAUGCUUAUUCCAAAUUGCUAUUUCAGGAUGGGCUGCUCCGCGGUCCUGCUAUCCAACAGGCGGCGUGACUACCACAGGGCCAAGUACCGACUUGAACAUAUUGUUCGGACGCAUAAAGGCGCCGACGACCGGAGCUUCAGGUGCAUUUACCAAGAGGAAGAUGAACAAGGAUUCAGAGGCUUAAAGGUGAGCAAAGAUCUUGUAGAAAUAGGCGGUGAAGCUCUCAAAACAAACAUCACCACCCUCGGACCUCUCGUACUUCCCUUCUCCGAGCAGCUCUUCUUCUUUGCCACAUUAAUCUGGAGACACUUAUUCGGUGGCGGCGGAUUACAAACAUCGGCAAAAAAGCCAUACAUUCCCGAUUACAAGCUCGCGUUCGAGCACUUUUGCGUGCAUGCAGCGAGCAAGACCGUGCUGGAUGAACUACAGAAAAACAUGGAGUUGAGUGACAAUAACAUGGAGGCUUCAAGAAUGACAUUGCAUCGAUUCGGCAACACGUCUAGCAGCAGUAUAUGGUAUGAACUGGCGUAUUUGGAAGCAAAAGAGAGAGUGAAAAGAGGAGAUAGAGUUUGGCAAAUCUCAUUCGGUUCUGGGUUCAAAUGUAACAGUGUGGUUUGGCAGUCGAUGCGGAGUGUAAGGAAGCCUACUUCUAGGAAUCCAUGGCUUGACUGCAUUGACAGAUAUCCUUUGCCAUCUAAUUAGGGUUCAGCAAAUUAAAGGAUGAUAAUAAUGUAUUAGCAAGUUUCCUUUUAAAGUUUGUGGCAUCUGCAAUACAGAUAUCUAUAUUAUAAGCUUUUUGUUAUGAAAUAA